UAUUGACACCUGCAAAAAAGAUUUCUUAGAUUGGGGCCUGGAGUGCCCAGCAACAAUUGGGUGAUGCCGAGAGUGCCAGUUGCAGCAAUGAACAAAGGCGUUGAUGAUGUAGGGGAGGCGGGGUCUUGGAUGACAUCGGUCAGGGGAGGCGAUGUCUCGUCCAUGAGUGAUUGGGGCGAGCACGUCAUCGUCGUGGACCGGCUGCAGGCGACAAGGGGGCGCACGGAGAUCUCAGUGAGGUAACGAUGGACCAUGGCGCGUGACGCAGCUCGCCCCGACGACUCACGCUAGGUCUCCCUGGCGCCCGGCAUGGGGCACUCCAUGAAUGAAUAACCGGAGUGUCGCUUCCGGUGGAACUGCCAUGGACGCCCGCGGAGCUGACGACUCUGUUCGAUCUGUUCAAGGGAUGAUGCUUGUGGAAGAGCUUAUGUACUAAAAUUCAAUCCACCGUAAGCUAUCAAACCAAAAAAUGAAAAUGCUCGUUUGCACGCUUGCAAAUAAGAGCCCCUUGCACCACAGUCGACGAUCAGGACCGAACACGGAGAAAAGCCACACUCUGCGACUGCUCACGCCACCACCUUUGUUUGUUUGAGGAAAUUCUAAGCACCACCUGGCCAGGCUGAAACUCUAGCGCGACUGGCUUUUUCCACGGCCCGGCCCGUCAAAUCCAUGUACUGUACUCGUUGUCGCGGAGAACGCGCCCCUGCCACCUCCGCGCGGGCACGGCACGUCGUAGUAAAACCCUAGAAAAACAGUAGCCCACCGCGCCGGCGAGCCGAAGCGAGCGCGGAGCUAAGGAUGCCGCGGACCACCGUGGUAGAGAGCUCCGGCUGCCCGCCGCUCCGCGCCCUCACCACCGACAUCCUCGGCCUCGUCAAAGUCGUCGAGGCCCACGCGAGGCCGGCGGGCGCCGCCAAGGUCGUCGAGACGUGGGGCGCGCCUGACGCUUCCCGUGCCAUCGUUGCUGCCUCCCUCGCCGAUCGUGCCGCCGACCCCGUCUUGGCUGUGGCGAGGAGGAACGGCGUGGUUGAGCUGCUGAAUCCCUUGAAUGGAAGUGCUCUGGCUGCUGUCAAGACCGCGGGGUCAGCGCCAAAUGACAGUGGCGCUGAAGGUGAUCCCCUCGCCGCACUGCAUCUUUUCGCAAGACAGACUUCGGACUCGAUCUUAGGCACAUUUCUUGCCUGCACGGAGAAGGGGAAAGCUUCUAUCAGGUCCAUCACGAAAGAAAAUGCAGAUUCGGGUUCGGAUGUUGGGCCAUCAGCCACAUGGGAUGUGUGCAAUGGGGCCAAUGUGCAAUUUUGCUCAGUAGAUCAUGGCGAAAGCUAUGUGAUAUUUGGAGGGAAAGGCAUAGAAGUGAACUUGUGGGAUAUCACAUCUAGUAGUAAGACAUGGUCUGCUAAAUCUCCCCGAGCAAAUAGUCUUGGCAUAUUCACUCGACCUUGGUUCACUGCUGGAACCUUCUUGUGCAAGAAUGAUCAUCGUAAAAUUGUUGCCUGCACAAAUAAUCAUCAGGUCCGCUUAUAUGAUACUGCAUUGCAAAGAAGACCUGCCGUCUCUGUUGAUUUUAGGGAGUCACCAAUCAAGGCAGUUGCUGCUGAUCCAAAUGGGCAUGAUGUCUAUAUUGGCACAGGAACAGGGGACCUUGCUUCUUUCGACAUGAGAACAGGGAAAUUGCUGGGAUGCUAUAUUGGCAAAUGCAGUGGAAGUAUUAGAUCUAUUGUUAGGCAUCCAGAGCUACCUUUGAUAGCAUCUUGCGGACUGGAUAGCUACUUACGUAUCUGGGACACAAACACAAGACAGUUGCUAUCUGCUGUCUUUCUGAAGCAGCACCUUACAACGGUGGUCCUUGAUUCACAUUUUUCUGUUGAAGAGCCUGGAGAGAUGAAAUUCAAGCAAUUGGAGUCUUUAGUGGAGGCGGAGGCUGAAGUCCGAAAAGAAAAGAAGAAAAAGAAGAGCAGACCAACUGAAGAGGACGAAGAACAAGUUGGAGUGGUCGACCAUAGUGAUAAUAAUGGUGAAAUGUAUGCUAGAAAAGAAAAAAAGAAAAAAAAGAAAAAGAAGAGUAGAACUAUUGAACGGGACGAGGAGCCAGACAACGAUGGUGAAAUGUGCAGUCCCAAGAGAAGAAAAUCUGUAGAAAGAAGCAAAUGCCUGAAGAAGAGCAAGAAACAGCAGGUCGCAUAGAACAUAGAACAAGUACCAUUUAUCUCAGUAUUUGCAUUCGCUUGAUUUUGCAGAAUUACACAAUUUUGUGCUGUAGUUGUUUUGAACAGUAUAUUCCUUUUGAAACUAUGCAAGGGAAUUUCGCCGUCCAUUCUACGAGAUACUUUUUUUUA